AGUACAGGUGACUUUUAUUAGCUCUUUCUUCCUCUCACUCUCUCUGUGUUUUCAGUUUAUCUUUUUCUUACAACAAUUAUUAUGUUUCUAAGAUUGAGAUUUGUGUGUUUUUUUUCCACUAUUGGUCAUAUCAAUUCUUUGGGUUGUGGGAAUUCGAAGUCUGUAGUUAAUGCAAUUGAUUAUUCUGCUCACUGUUUUUCUCUGCAGAUGUAGUUUGUUAGAGAAUGAGCUUAAAAUAACCAUUUGGUCUGUAUUGAACUUUUUGCUGCUGUUGCCAGCAGAGGCCUGGCCUGUACACCAACUCAUGCAAUGAGGUGAUCUGAGAUGCUAAGGCCGAAAUGGCCGAGAAUUUUUUGACCCCUGUGAUUGAGAGUUUGGUGCACCUGCUAACCAAUGAAGUACAAUCGUUUAAGGGAGUUAGAAGAAAAGUUGAAUGUCUAAAGAGAGAGCUAGAGAUCAUCCAGUGUCUCCUCAAAGAUGCAGAUGCAAAGUCGGAUAGAGGAGAGUUGAGUGAUGCUGUGAAAACAUGGGUGAAACAACUGCGGGAGGAGGCUGAUCAUACAGAAGAUGUCAUCGACGAAUACCGGCGUUAUGUGGCUCAAAGCACUGGUGACAAGCGUGGAUUUGUUGGCUUUCUCAGGAAAGUAGGCCUCCAAAUCAAAGCCUUGAAGUCACGUUAUCCAAUAGCUUCUCAAAUUCGCGGCAUUAAUGAAUCUCUACGAAGAAUCAAGGAUGAAGGACGAGCAUAUGGCUUGAGUCAGUCCCUCGGUUUACAGAGGUCGAGUAGAGAAAACACAUACAUGGAGGAGCAUGACUCGCGGUUAGGUUCCCUGUUUAUUGUGGAAGAUGAUGAGUAUGUGGAUGUUCCUUCCAUUCAAGAGGAAUUGAGAAGGAGUUUAGUUGAAGGGGGGUCAAGUCGUACAGUUACUUCGAUGGUAGGCCAAGGAGGAAUCGGGAAAACUACUCUUGUCAAGAAGGUUUUUGAUGAGGUGAAACACAAUUUUGAUUGUCAUGCUUGGAUUGAUGUAUCUCAAUCUUAUGAUGUAAAAAUACUAGUAAAGAGCAUGAUACAGCAAAUGUUUGAAAUUGCUGGAUGUACUAGUACUUCUACAAGAGAACACCACACAAUCCAAGGGCUAAUUACUCCUCUCAGGCAAUACUUGCAGGCAAAAAGUUAUUUAGUUGUCUUUGAUGAUGUUUGGAAUGCUAACUUUUGGGAAGUUAUAAAACAUGCUUUGCCAAGUAAUAACAAAGGCAAUAGAAUCAUUAUCACAACACGUAAUUCUACAAUAGCUGCGGCCUGUAAGGAAUCCCCAUUCGAUACUGUGCAGAAGCUGGAAACUUGGUCUCAAGAAAUGGCUUGGAAGUUAUUCUGCAAAAAGGCAUUUCGAUACGAGUUUGAGAGUCGUUGCCCUGAGGAGUUAGAGAGCUUAUCUCAUAAAAUUGUUAGUAAAUGCCAAGGCUUACCACUUACUAUUGGGACUGUGGCUGGUUUGUUGUCAAGAACAAGAAAAGUUCAAUUUGAAUGGCAAAGAGCUCUUGAUAAUCUUGAUUUUGAGUUCCAAACAAAUCCUGAACUUACAAGAAUUACGAAAAUUCUCUCUCUUAGCUAUCAUGAUUUGCCUUACCAUCUCAAAUCCUGCUUAUUGUAUUUCGGCAUUUUUCCUGAAGAUUACAAAAUUAGUUGUGACAGAAUGUAUGAGUUAUGGAUUGCUGAGGGUUUAGUUAAGGCUUAUGGUAACAAGACACAAAAGGAUGUGGCUAAAGAGUACUUGAAUGAGCUCAUUGAAAGAAACUUGGUAGUGUUUGAACUUUAUUAUGGCGCAUUACCAUAUUGUCGAGCCCAUGAUUUGAUUCGUGAAUUCAUUUAUUCAAGAGCAGACGAUUUAUGCUUUUGUAGAGUUCUUGAUGGAAAGAACUUAUUUGGAGGAAAAAGCAGGUGCUUAUCAAUCCGAGGCAGCAUGAAAAAUGUUUCAGAAACAAUGAAAGAGUACACCAGUGUUCGUUCUGUGUUUCUUUUCAAUUUCAAUGAUGAUUUGAUCAGGAACAUGUCUUCCUUAGUUACUUUGCUUCAAACUUGUAAGCUUUUAAAGGUGUUGGACUUUGAAGGCGCUCAUCUUGAUUAUCUCCCAGAGGAGAUUGGAUAUUUGUUUCACUUGAGGUACUUGAAUUUGAAACAUACCAAGAUAAAAGUGAUUCCUAAGUGCAUUGGUAAGCUGCAUAAUCUACAAAGUUUAAAUCUUAUGUUUACCUUAGUGCAGAGGCUUCCGAAAACUAUUGGCAAACUUCAUAACCUUCAAAAUUUGAAUCUCAAGCUCACCUUAGUGCAGGAGCUACCAUUGGAAAUAAAUAAGCUCCAAAAUCUUCGACACAUUAGUAGCUUUUUUAAGGACAGGACUAGCAGCAACACUAGUAGUGCCCAUGGCACCAACCUUGGGGUGAAAAUUCAAGAAGGUUUUGGCUAUUUGGAGAACUUAGAGACACUAGAAUAUGUGAAUGUGCAUCCUUCUGGUGUAGUUUCCUUCAUUAACGAUCUAGAGAAGUUGAUGAAGUUGAAGGCGCUCGGUCUUUUGAAACUGACAACAGAAACUUCAAGGGCUAUUUCUGCUGCUAAUGCUAAGAACUUGAACCACCUUGAGCAUUUGUACUUAGCAACAACUAAUGAAGAUUACAUCUUGGAUGUGGAGCCACUUUCGGAAUCUCCCCCACUUCAGCUGCAGAGGCUCAACUUAAUAGGCCAACUAAAGGAGCUCCCUCGUUGGAUUUCAGAGCUCUGGAAUUUACAGGCAUUGUUCUUAUCCUUCUCAAAGUUGACAGAGGAUCCACUGAAGUACUUGAAACACUUGCCUAAUCUCACGAGUCUUCGGCUACGCAAAUCAUAUGAAGGAGACCAACUACACUUUGAAGAGGGUGGUUUUCAAAAGCUCAAGGAUCUAACUUUGUUGAAUUUGAAAGAACUAAAGCUGGUGAAGAUGGAUAAAGGGACAUUGUCUCAACUUAAAACACUCAACAUUGGUUCUUGCAGAUUAAUGGAGGAGAUUCCAGCCGGAAUCGAACACUUGAGAAACCUCAAAGAACUUAAAAUCCGGGACAUGACAAGGGAAUUUGUGGUUCGGAUUCAGCCAAAUGGGGGUCUAGAUUAUCCAAAAAUUCAACAUAUACCAAUGGUUCAUAUAUUUUAAAUUAGGUGGUUUUGUUAUGAAAAGAGCUUCAGAAUAUUUAUAUCAAUUUGUGUCUUGUAUAUAUAUAUGAUAAUGAAAUUCCAAGCUACUUUGAGCUCUGUUUUCCCUCUUUUUUUAUAGUUGGGAAAACUUGAUGUAUUACUAUGGACUUUAAAAGUAGCUGCAAUGUAUCAAUUAUAGUAUGUAUACUACGUUUACUUUG